AUGAACCCUUCCGACAAGCAACUAAACAGAUCCUCCUCAAAAUACACCUUGGAUGAAAACGACGAUAGCAACAUCAAUCAACUAAUCUUCACUGAAAACGACAACUCUACAAUCAACUCCCAGAAUACAAACAACAAAUUCAUCUCAACACACAAGAAAAACGAAAAAAGUCUAUCAAACUUCAUGGAAUCACUAAACUCUUCUUCUCCCAUAAAAGAUGAUCAUAUUUCCAGCCAUUUCCCUUCUUUCUCGAACAAUCAACCCAAUCAAUCCAAUCAAAAUGACAAUAUAUAUAUUAAUAACGAAAAUUCUGAUUCAGACGUCGAUGAUUUUGCCAAAUUAAUCAACUCUCAGUUAAUCCCCAAUCAAAGCAAUCAUCCCUCUACUUUAAAUUCAAAUCCAAAUAAAAUCAUAGAUAAUCCUACUAAUAACAAUAAUCUAUUCAAUGAUAAUGACGAUGGUUUUUUUAAUCAAAUUCAUAAAUCUCAUGCUAAUAGUUCUGAAUUUGUUAAUAACAUCCAAAAUCAUAUCCAAAAUGAUACCCAAAAUCAUAUUGAAAGUCAUAUCAAAAAUCAAGAUAAUCUAAUUAAUUUAAAUGAUCAAAAUGAUCAAAAUAACUUAGUUAAUCAAAAUGAUAUCUUCUCCACUAAUAAUGAAGAAGAUUUUUUUAGUACUAUUCAUGGAACUGAAUCACAAUUUGAAACAAGUCAAAAUAAUCAUAAUAAUAACGAUAAUGAUAUCGAUUUUUUUAAUAAAAUUCAUCAGAAUGAAUUUCAAAAUCAAAAUAACACUAAUGAAAUGAAUGAAAAUAAAGCUACUGAAAAUAAUGAAAAUAAAAUUAAUAAAAGUAAAAUUAGCGAAAAUAUGGCUAAGAUCUUCAACGACCAUGAUUCAAGUGAUGACAGCGACGAUGAUGAUAAUACUAAUGCUAACAUCCAAAAUCAACCAUCAAGCAAUAUCAAUUCCACUACAAGUAAUAUCAAUUCUACUACCCAUCUAAAUCACUAG